UAAGUAUAAAGUUUGUGUAGCAUUUGAUGCUUUCAUUUGUGAUUGCUUAUAUGUGAACCCUGCGUGUUGAAUUAUUAAUGUGGAGGAGGCAGGGGAACGUGCUGCGUGCAGGAAUGCAGGAAUCCUUUUGUUGAUGCGUCUCUAAGGUGACUGACUGCACAGAACAGCACAAGGGGCAGCCUGGCAAGUGGACACUUGGCUUAAAGACAUCAAUCUGGAAAUAAAUUGAUCGGACUUUAAGUGAAGCGGAACUCAAGGUGCUUCCUCAAAGGUGUUUAAACCGCCUGUGCACAUGGAGGCGAGCCUGACAUCAGCCCCUCACUCGGUGAAGCGGUGGCAGCUAAGCGGGACGGACUAUGAGCCGCAGCAGGCCGGCACCCUGCUGUCCGACACCCGCUUCAGCAGCUGGACUCCCCUGAACAACAAGCGGAUCAACCUGCAGUUAUUUGAGGAGAGAGUGAAUCUUGUGCUGCACUGGUUUGAUCUGUGGACGGACAGACAGAGGAAACACCUGCUGCACUCUCUGCUCACUCGUUGCACCAAGUCACAGCUCAGGUACUGCCGGGAUUUGCUGAUUGAGACGGUUCCGGUCACUAAAGUGGACCUUACGUCGGUGCUGCCUCGGUUUCUCUCCCUGUAUGUGAUGUCAUUUCUGUCCCCACGUGACCUUUGCAAAGCUGCCCAAGUCAGCUGGCACUGGAGGGUUCUAGCUGAGCAGGACUGUCUGUGGGCGGGCCGGUGCAUCAGACGAGGCUGGUUCCUUCCUUACACUCCUGGAGAAAAAGAGUUUGGUGCAUGGAAAAGUCACUAUGUCUCCUGCCUCUCCACACUUGACUGGCUCACUCCACGGGAGGCAGCAGAGAUGUAUGGGACCCUCAACCAGCAAAGCACAGGAAUGACAGAGGAGGAGGAAGAGAGGAGGAGGGAGAAGAGGAUCAGGCAGCAAAUCAGAGAAAAGCUUCGAGAGGAGAAGAGACUAUCUGUGAGUGCCAGGAAACCCUGGGGCAGCUACACAAAGCCAGAAAUAGCCAGAGGUGGAGGUACCCAGAAAGGGAGACCCGAGUCUGGCCUAACAUUCGUCUCUCAGCCCUCCCUCUCCUGGCCUCUGAGGAGCGUUGGCUCUUCCAGCCACUCUCUCAGCCUGGAAAGAGGACAGCCCACAACUGCACCUCAGACCUGGGAGAGAGUCCAGGCCUGCAGCAUUAGCAGCGAAACACGAAAGAUCCGAGGAGCGCUGUCGUCUUUUAUCUACAGACCUGCACAGCCUCACACAGUCUCUCCCCUUCACCUAUCCGCUCCUGCCCUGCUAUUGCUCAUCUCCAACAGAAUUCCUGCAUAUGAGCUGGUGUUGAGCGGAGUGAAGCCCAGUGUGACUGCGGUUCUCUAUGACCAUAGAGGGACUCUCUCAUCUCUGCUAACUCAGGUGGAGAGGGCUAUUUCUGGGAAACCAGCUCAGAGGAUUGGCCUGCUAGCUUGCGGAGGAACACAGGACAUUCACCUGCUUCACAACUCUAGCCUAUCAGAGAAGACUCUACUGACUCCUGAUCAUAGGGAAUUCUGGGAAAAACUGUGUGGCAUGGUGGCUCCAACUGAGGAAGGAGGAGGGAUUGACAUAUUCUGCCCACUGGCUGCAUCUGCAUCAGGAGUGACUCUCCUCCAGAAUCUCUCCACUUUGACUGGUCUGGAGGUUCGGGCACCGGUGGGUGUGGCCACCGGGAAUUUCCAGAACAUCCUCAGCGAGUGGUCUGACGGCAAUGUGCCUACUGGCCUCUCAGAGAACCAGCCAGCACUCCCGGCCCUGCAGUAUGUGUGUGAGGCUGUACUGCAGGGCUGGUGUGCACAGGCUCAUUGGAUGGAGGAGGCUCUGGUAGAGCUGAGGAGCACCUUAGGGCUACAGCUACAGUGGACCAGCCUCCAGGCCAGGGGCCGAGCUCUGGGCUAUUUUCUGUGGGAGAGAAUCCGCCUUGAUGAGAUUUGUGUGUCCAGAGAUCUCAGCGAGGCUCUGAUCGAAGGACUCACUGCUCUGACCAGAGAGGAGGAGACCCGACCUGUGGAGUUUCUUUCCAUCUUUCUGAAAAACUGGAAUGAAGAGAAGAAGGGACAAGAGGGUAAUGGACAGGACAGCAGUGGAGCUGAUGGUGGUUCACAGACAUGCUUCAACGUGAUACCUGAUCUACCACAGAUGGUUCUGGAUUGGAGAGGUGCAGCUGCGAGAGAGCUGCACCACAGCGAGUGUCUUUAUCUGGGAAAGCUGAGUGCUGUGCUGAAGGUGUACAAGGAGCCUCUCACAGCAGCUCUGAACUCCAACAGAGCCAUUCUGAGCUAUGCUGACAUCCAUGUUGUCCUCAGUCCUGUUGCACAAAUACUGGAGCUCAACAGGGUGUUUCAGGCUGAUUUACAGGUGCGGCUACAGCAGUGGGGUGCAGAGAAGUGUAUUGGAGAUGUUUUCGUGAAGUUCUGCUCAAAACUUAAAGUCUACACAAACUACCUCAACAACUACACCACUGCCAUCCACACCAUUGAUAAGUGCAGGGAGAGCAAACCAUCAUUUCGAGCUUUCUUGAAGAGAUCAGACAGAACACUUGCAACUCACAUGCUGAGCCUACAAGAGCUGCUGCUGUGCCCAGUGUGGAGGAUGCAGGAGUAUGUGACUCUGCUUCAAGCUCUGUCCUUGCACACACACCCCGGUCAUCCUGACCACGCACAUCUCCGCUCUGCCCUCAACACGCUGCUCCAGUUCAGAGAGUUCAUACACAAGUUAAAGCGCACCUCAGAGGCAGACAGACUGAUAGAGGAAACGCAGCGACAGAUUCAAGGCUGUCCGAACCUCAGUGAAGAAAACAGGCAACUAAUAAUGACUCAGGAUGCUGCUCUGCACAGGAGCCCUGAUGAGCAGAUACCAGAUUCUCUCAAGACCUAUGAGCACGUCUGUGAUGUGGGCCUCUUCCUGCUCAACAAUGCUUUGGUGUUGACUCGGCAAAAUGUGCGGUACACACCUUUCACGCUGGCUCACCAGAGCACGCACACAUUUCUGGCCUCUGUGGCUCUCACCAGCCUGUCUGUGAGAGAGAUCAGGCACACACGCUAUGUGAGCCAUGCCUUUGUCCUUGAGGGUCCCUGCCACUCCUGGGUCUGUGCCACACAGAGAGGAGAAGAGAGACGGCACUUCCUAUCUGUGCUGCGUUCAGCUAUGGAGUGUGCUUUGGCAGGACAUCAGUGACAGCGAGGUUUGGAAAAAGACUGUUUGACUGUUUUUAUGUCAAAAGGUUUUUGGAAACUAAAAUUUAUGAAGGAAAUUCUAUUUUAAUGUCGUAAUUAAGUGUGAA